UCCCCACUGGUUCCAGAAAGAGAGAAUCCAUGGAUUGUCACUGCAUCAAGCUUAUGCAUGCUGUGUUGCUAUGGGUGAUUGCAGCAGCAGCAGCAGCAGCAGGAACAGCAUCAGCCCAAACCAUUGCGCCGGACUGCCAAGCUACAUGUGGGGGCGUCACCAUUCCAUACCCGUUUGGCACAACGGAAGGUUGUUACUUGAACAGAAACUACUUGAUAACUUGUAACAACACCUUCAGCCCUCCAAAACCAUUUCUCCGGACCGGUAAUAUUGAAGUCCUAAACAUAUCGCUCGUUGAUCAUUAUCUGCGCGUCCUCACCCCUGUAGGCAGUGAUUGUUAUAACGAGAAGGGCGGGCGUCGACAAGUCACUGCCCGCACUACUUUAUCAAGGUUCCCCUUCUCAAAUACGCGCAACAAGUUCACAGCCAUCGGGUGCGACACCUUUGCAGUGAUCAUGAAUGGUAUGAAUGGCCAAAGCAUCUCAACCGGGUGUUUGUCCAUGUGCGACAGUAUCCAAAGUGUGACCAAUGGGUCAUGCUCCGGAAUAGGGUGUUGCCAGACCUCCAUUCCUAAAGGUCUCCUCAAUUUUAAUGUGACUGUUAGCAGCUUUAGCAACCACUCCGACAUCUUGAGCUUUAAUCCCUGCAGCUAUACUUUCUUAACUGAAGAAGACUCCUUCAACUUCUCUUCUGCUGAUCUUAUAGAUCUGCAGAACAGAAGUCACGUCCCAACUGUGCUGGAUUGGGCCGUGGGAGAGCAAACGUGUGAAGAAGCUCAGAAGAACUUGACAAGUUUCGCAUGUCAGGCAAAUAGUAUUUGUUUUGACUCCAACAAUGAUUAUGGGUAUCAAUGCAAUUGCUCAGCAGGUUACCAAGGGAACCCAUACCUCCCCAGUGGUUGCCAAGAUAUUGACGAGUGUGGAGAUCCAAAUCUCAAUCAGUGCACAAAAAAUUGCAUUAACACACUAGGGAGUUAUACUUGUUCUUGCCCCAAAGGGUACCAUGGAGAUGGCAGACAAGAUGGAGAAGGUUGCAUUGCUGAUGAUCAGUUACUAGCGAUCAAGAUUGCCAUUGGUAUUAGCAUUGGCUUUUUGGCAUUAAUAAUUGGGAGCUCAUGGUUGUAUUGGAUACACAAGAGAAGAAAGUUCAUUAAACUCAAAGAAAAAUUCUUUUGGCAAAAUGGUGGUUUAAUGUUACAACAACAACUUUCUGGGCAAGACGGAUCCAAUGAAACGGUUAAAAUUUUUACUGCAGAAGAGCUUGAGAAGGCUACCAACAAGUACGAUGAAGGUAAAAUCAUCGGCACUGGAGGAUAUGGAACAGUUUAUAAGGGAAUUUUGGUUGAUGGUAGAACAGUUGCAAUCAAGAAGUCUAAGAUAGUGGAUCAAAGCCAAAUUGAGCAAUUUAUAAAUGAGGUAGUUAUACUAUCUCAAAUCAAUCAUAGAAAUGUGGUCAAACUCUUAGGUUGUUGUCUGGAGACUGAAGUUCCUUUAUUAGUUUAUGAAUUCAUCACCAAUGGCACCUUGUUUGACCACAUUCAUGAUGAAGGUAAGGCAUCCAACAUCUCAUGGGAAGCUCGUCUAAGGAUUGCAGCAGAAACUGCUGAAGUGUUAUCAUAUUUGCAUUCUGCAGCUUCUAUACCAAUAAUUCAUAGGGAUGUUAAGUCUAAUAACAUUCUUUUGGAUGAUAAUUAUACUGCAAAAGUGUCGGAUUUUGGUGCUUCAAGAUUGGUUCCAAUGGAUCAAAGUCAAUUAUCUACAAUGGUUCAAGGAACUUUGGGAUAUUUAGACCCUGAAUAUCUGCAAACAAGCCAAUUAACUGAGAAAAGUGAUGUUUAUAGCUUUGGAGUUGUCCUUGUGGAGCUACUAACGGGAAAACAAGUACUCUCAUCUGACAGGUCUGAAGAGCAAAGAAGUUUAGCUAUGUAUUUUCUUUCUUCAUUAAAAGAGGAUCGAUUAUUUCAAGUUCUUGAAAACUAUAUAAUGAAGGAUGAAAAUACUCAACAGAUUAAAGAAGUUGCUACACUUGCGAAGAAAUGCUUAAGAGUAAAAGGAGAAGAAAGACCCUCUAUGAAGGACGUAACAAUGGAACUAGAGAGGAUAAGAAAUAUAAAAAACAACCGAUGGAUUGACGUUGAUCUGAAUUCAGAAAUGGAGUACUUGUUUAGUAAACCAUCAGGUGCCUAUAUUCAUGAUGGUAGUAAUAGCACAACUCUUGCAUACGAUAGCAUGAAAUAUCAUACCCCUCAAUUGAUCCCAGCAAGAAAAGAAUCCAUGGAAUUGCAGAUCAAUCUGAUGCAUGCCAUGUUGCUAUGGGUGAUAGCGGCAGCAGCAAAAGCAGCAUCACAAACCAUUAAGCCAGACUGCGAAGCUACAUGUGGGGAUGUUAGCAUCCCAUACCCUUUUGGCACAAGAGAAGGUUGCUACUUGAAUGAUGACUUCCUCAUAGCUUGUAACCAUUCUCUUAGCCCUCCAAAACCACUUCUAUGGAAUAGUAGCUUUAACCUCCAAGUCUUGAAUAUAUCGAUUGAGGAUCAUCGGCUGCGCAUCUACACCUUUGUGGGCCGUGAUUGCUACGACAAGAUGGGUAAGCAAUAUGAUCAGCCAACUUUAGCCUAUGCGAACCUACCAAGGUUCCCCUUCUCCGACAAAGGUAACAGAUUCACAGCCAUUGGAUGUGACACCAUCGCUGUAUUCAAUGGUUUGAACGGUGCAGAUGACUUCACAACAGGGUGUUUGUCCCUGUGUAACAGCAUCCGAAGUGUAACUAACGGGUCCUGCUCCGGCAUAGGCUGUUGCCAAACCUCCAAUAUUCCCAAAGGCCUCUUCAGUUAUUAUGCGAGUGUGGGAAGCUUCUACAACCACACCAAAGUCUGGAGCUUCAAUCCCUGCAGUUACGCCUUCUUAGCGGAAGAAGAAUCUUUCAACUUCUCCUCAGCUGAUCUUAAAGAUCUGCAAAACAGAACUGUUUUCCCCACCUUGCUUGAUUGGGCGGUCGGGAACAAAACAUGCGAAGAAGCCAAGAAGAACUUGACGAGUUACGCAUGUAAAGAUAAUAGCUAUUGUUAUAACUCCGAUAAUGGUCCUGGAUACCGCUGCAACUGCUCCUCUGGUUUCCAGGGGAAUCCAUAUCUUCCCAAUGGCUGUCAAGAUAUUGAUGAGUGUGCAGAUCCAAAGCGCAACGAGUGUACAAAGGUUUGCAUUAACACACCCGGGAGUUAUACUUGUUCUUGCCCCAAGGGGUACCAUGGAAAUGGCAGACGGGAUGAAAAUGGCGAUGGUUGCACUCCUCAUGAUGAUCAAUUACUAAUUGUUAAGAUUGCAGUUGGUAUUUUCAUCGGCCUUAUAGCACUACUAAUCACUAGCUCAUGGCUAUAUUGGGGACUCAAGAAAAGAAAAUUCAUCAAGCUCAAAGAAAAGUUCUUUCAGCAAAAUGGAGGUUUAAUGUUACAACAACAACUUCAUGGACGAGAAGGAUCUAGUGAAUCAGUUAAAAUCUUUACAGCUGAAGAACUGGAAAAGGCUACUAAUAAGUAUGAUGAGGAUACAAUCAUUGGUCGAGGAGGAUAUGGCACAGUUUAUAAGGGAAUUCUUGCGGAUGGCAGAGUAGUUGCAAUUAAGAAGUCCAAGUUAGUUGAUCAAACCCAAAUUGAGCAAUUUAUAAAUGAGGUGGUCGUGCUAUCCCAAAUCAAUCAUAGAAAUGUGGUUAAACUCUUGGGAUGUUGUUUAGAAACAGAAGUGCCUUUACUAGUCUAUGAAUUCAUCACCAAUGGCACUCUCUUCGACUACAUACAUAACAAAAGCAAGGCUUCUUCCAUUUCAUGGGAAACUCGUUUAAGAAUUGCUGCAGAAACUGCGGGAGUUUUGUCAUAUUUGCACUCUUCUGCUUCUAUACCAAUAAUUCAUAGAGAUGUGAAGUCUACCAACAUUCUUCUGGAUGAUAAUUACACAGCAAAAGUGUCUGAUUUUGGAGCUUCAAGGUUGGUUCCGCUAGAUCAAACUCAGUUAUCUACAAUGGUGCAAGGAACUCUCGGAUAUUUAGAUCCUGAAUAUUUGCAUACAAGUCAGUUAACUGAAAAAAGUGACGUCUAUAGCUUCGGAGUCGUACUUGUGGAAUUACUAACGGGAAAGAAAGCACUUUCCUUCGAUAGGCCAGAGGAGGAAAGAAGUCUAGCCAUGCAUUUUCUUUCUUCAUUGAAAAAUGAUCGCUUGUUUCAAAUUCUUGAGGAUUAUAUAGUACCAAAUGAUGAAAACAUGGAGCAGCUUAAGGAUGUUGCUAAGCUUGCAAAGAGAUGCCUAGAAGUAAAAGGGGAGGAGCGACCGACUAUGAAGGAAGUGGCAAGGGAAUUAGACGGAAUGAGAAUGAUGACAAAACAUCCAUGGGUUAAUAUUGAACUGAAUCCAGAAGAAACUGAGUGUUUGCUCGGGGAACACUCCGAUGCCCAUAAUAAUGGUGGUAGUCUCAACAUAGUAAGUACAUUUGAUGUUACAACCAGCCAAAUAAUUGUACCAUUAGAUAAUGGGAGGUGAUAGGUGUUUUUUUCUUUUCUUUUUUUUUUUUUUUCUUUUUUGCAUAAAUGAUGAUGUGUGCCAUCUAAUUUGAAAAUAUGGUUUAGUAGUGUAUUUUUUGAAAGUAAUUAACUAAUAAGCAUCAUGUUUGCUUUUUUUUUUUU